CUCCUACGACAUGCACGAAAGUUGGCCACUUAAACUACUUCCCACCAGCCAGCAGACAUUCAACUGAAUCCAAACUACACCAAGGGAAAAGAAUAACAUUGCAUUUUCUCCAACUCAUACUCACAACUUUAAGUGCUCCGAUUUUGCAGACUUCCCAGUUCGAAGGGGUCGCUCAUUUAUUUUGCAGCAGCAGUCUUUUAAAAAUCUAUUUUGGCACGUCCAUCGCACCAGAGGAGAGCAUCACUUUGUUUUCCCCGCCGGUGGAAGAAGGGCUUGUCCGGUUUCUCCGCCUGGGAUUGGGAUUUGACAGCAGGCAGAGCAUCAUAUUGAUCAUUUUUGAAGCCAUUCCGUUUUCAACUUGGGCUGGAGUCCGUUUUGUUGUUCGUCCAAGUAGCUAAAUGAUGGCUACUUUACCAGGAACAAUGCCUCGGAUGAUGCGCCCUGCGCCAGGCCAGAACUACCCCCGAACCGGCUUCCCCCUGGAAGUAUCCACCCCUCUGGGCCAGGGUAGGGUGAACCAGCUGGGCGGCGUGUUCAUCAACGGGAGGCCCCUGCCAAACCACAUCCGACACAAGAUAGUGGAGAUGGCCCACCACGGCAUCCGACCCUGCGUAAUCUCGCGACAACUGCGAGUUUCUCACGGUUGCGUCUCGAAGAUCCUCUGCCGAUACCAAGAGACCGGCUCGAUCCGUCCGGGAGCCAUAGGAGGCAGCAAGCCCAGGCAGGUGGCUACUCCCGACGUGGAGAAGCGGAUCGAGGAGUACAAGAGAGAAAACCCCGGUAUGUUCAGCUGGGAGAUCCGGGAUAAGCUGCUGAAGGACGGGGUGUGCGACAGAAGCACAGUUCCUUCAGGUGAGGCUUCAUCUGUGAGCUCCAUCAGCCGCGUAUUGAGGGCCCGAUUUGGCAAAAAAGAUGACGAGGAUGACUGUGAUAAGAAGGAUGAAGAUGGAGAAAAGAAAACAAAGCAUAGCAUCGAUGGCAUCCUCGGUGAUAAAUGUAACCGCACAGACGAAGGCUCGGAUGUAGAUUCGGAGCCCGACUUGCCCCUGAAGAGGAAGCAGAGACGCAGUCGCACCACCUUCACCGCCGAGCAGCUGGAGGAGCUUGAGAAGGCCUUUGAACGGACACAUUACCCAGAUAUCUACACCAGAGAGGAGUUGGCCCAGAGGACAAAACUCACGGAGGCCAGAGUACAGGUGUGGUUUAGCAACAGGCGCGCUCGGUGGCGUAAACAAGCCGGGGCCAAUCAGCUAGCGGCCUUCAACCACCUGCUUCCUGGAGGGUUCCCACCCACUGGGAUGCCCAGUUUACCCACAUACCAGCUACAAGAGUCCAGCUACCCCGGCACCACGCUAUCGCAGGAGGGCGGCAGCACACUGCACAGACCCCAACCCCUGCCUCCAUCCUCCAUGCACCAGGGAGGCCUGACCGCUGACGGCAGCUCUGCUUACGGCCUCUCGUCCAAUCGCCACGGCUUCUCCAGCUACGCCGACACGUUCAUGAGCCCCUCGGCAUCCGGCAACCACAUGAACACCGUCGGCAACGGGCUCUCCCCGCAGGUGAUGAGUAUCCUGAGUAACCCCGGCGCUGUAUCCUCCCAGCCCCAGCACGACUUCUCCAUUUCCCCCCUGCACGGCAGCCUGGAGAGCUCCAACCCCAUCUCAGCCAGCUGCAGCCAGCGCUCUGACUCCAUCAAGGACAGUCUGGCCUCCUCUCAGUCAUACUGCCCCCCGACCUACAGCGCCACCAGCUACAGCGUGGACCCCGUCACCGCUGGCUACCAGUACAGCCAGUAUGGCCAGACUGCGGUGGACUACCUGGCGAAGAACGUGAGCUUGUCCACCCAGAGGAGGAUGAAACUCGGGGACCACUCGGCCGUGCUGGGACUGCUGCAGGUGGAGACGGGACAGGCCUACUAAAGGCUCGUCACCCCCCCCCCCCCCGCCCCUGCUUCCCCUGGGCCCUGCACCACUCUCCUUCGCCCUCCGCCACCCUCCACCACGCUCCCAUCAAGGUCUGGCCUCCAACUCCAGCUCGCCUCUCUGCUACUCGCCCUGCAGUCCGACCACACAACAUCAGCGCACGGACGCUCAGCCCCGCGGCGCAUCAGAAUAGGGGCACGCUCGCGGCCUGUGACGAGACUCUUUGGGGAAUUCACGCCGUCGUCAACCACCGGGCGGCUCUGCACCGCCUCUAAAUCUCUGGUAGUCUCUGGCUGCUCCUCGAGCUCCUUCCCCAGACCAGAAACCCUGUUUCGUUUUGUUCGGAAAGGCAUGACAGGACCAAAACAACACCAGGGCGGCUGGUUCAGCCGCCUCGGCGCAGGUUCAUGUUUGUCUUGACUGCAGUCCAGCGCACAUUUAGAGCCAUCAACAACACGUACUUUGACCUUUGCUGUUCAUAGUAGUUAACAAAGCCGAUAUCAUUUGAAGGACUCUUAUUCUUGUUCCCUUUUGAUAUUGUUAAGAUUAUUGUUGCUGUUAUAUGAUUAUGGUUAAUGUGAUUUAUGUUGUUCUUUGAUUCCAUUCGUAUCUCUUUUCUCUGUUAGAUGUUGGUGUGUAAAACACAGUGUGGAUGACUGAGACGAUCUGGGAGGGAGUUUCUGUUGCUCGUGCGCGUUGUUGCGCGUCGGCACAGUCACACAAAGAGAGGAUGAUUGUUUUCCAAGCUGCUGUUCUUCUUGCCUGUUCCCUGAGCUCUAAUGUUCCGGAGCGAUUUGACCUUCCCACUUUCAUAUUCAUCUUGACAUUCCUAAAGAACUUGGCCACUCUCUGGGAAGUCUUGCCGGAUGGACUCUGCAGGGAAUUAAAGCAGCGUUUCGGCGGCCAAUAGCUUUCCCCUUCUAACCUCCAUCCCAUCCUUAGCCCUGGUCCACGGGGAGGAGGGCAUUGUUUGCAAAAACAGGAUUGGGGAAAUUAAUGUAUUUUGUUUAGAAAUAUGGACCUUGCCAAAGGGGGGCUAACGCAAUUCCCUCACCCGCCUCCACUUCUCCCAAAUCCCAUCUGCCAGGGAACCCUGUGUGACUUUAACAGCAGAUUAAAUCACACAAAAUAAUGUCAACGCUAAUUCACAGUGACCCUUCCCGUUGCCAACUAGUAUUUCUGGUUUUAUGGAAUAAUUAGCACCAUUUUUGUAAAUUCACCUUCAGUUGGUUUCCAUUCGCAGACUAAACAAGCAUUCCUUCGAAACAUUCCUCGUUCUCCAUCUACAAAUAGACUACAAGCAUUCCAACGUUCUCUGUUAUGAGAUUAAAAAGUACACAAGCUGUGCCAUUCAUGUGCACCCUGGAUAAUCAUAUAAUCCAGUCUUAAAAUGGCACAGGUAACACCUCUGAUUGGUCGCCCUCUCUGGUUUGGACUCGAGUGCCCCCUCCCCCUUAAUCCUCCGCUUUGACGUUUUCACGGAAAUGUACAAAAAGAAUUUUUUUUUAAAGUAAAAAAUAGUGGAAAUGAGACAUUUGUGUAGCACUCAUAGUUGACUUUUGACACACGAUCCAGGAGCAGCCAUUUCUUUGAGAUGAAUGUGACAUUUUCUUUGAGCAGGACUGUGACAACGUUGAUCACUUUAUCUCAAGACGGUAUUUGUUCUUAGGUCACCUUUUAAAAACUGAAAACUGUACAGUAGCUGGAGCAGAUUGUGUAUUGUUUGUUUAUAAAGAGUAUGUUUUAUACUAAAACCGAACUACGUUGAGUGGUAGGUGAGCAAGGGAUCUGUGGAAGUAAAUGUUUGAUUUGAGUUUCCUUGACUGGCUUUUUUUCUCCUGUUGGUUGUGUUUAAAUUCUAUUUAAUUGGUUUACUUGUUUUGACCAAAAGUUUUGUUCCUAUUUUUGGGCCCACGUAUAAAAUACAUUUGUAUAAAUUAGUCCAAUAUAAAUUCCGUAAAAAAAAUGUUCCAAUUAAAAAUGGUUUAAAAGAGAAUCCAACUGAGCUCAAUGGAGAAUGAAAGCUUGGUGACACAGAUAGACUCCCUGGACCACAGCACCACUGUACAUUUGAAAGGUGGCCGGAUGAAACUUUUUUUUCUUCAACCACCCGAUCUCACAGACUGAAUAUCAGUGCAAACCGGACGUGACUGGACCACAGACCUAACACACCUGAACCCUGAAACCUGGGUGUGGGAGGAUGGUGGUGAAGCUGGAGAACACACGGCCGCGCUGCUCCGGGAACAACGAAUAAAAGUCUUGUUUGAUUUGUGGACCAAUAAGACUUUAGGAGAAGAAGUCAAAGUAACACUGACUCCGCACUGAACUACAGCAGCUCCAACUGCUACGCUUAGACGCCUCACUCGUGUAUAUUUUAAAAAGGAAGAAUUUUAGAAUCGUCUCUAGUGUAUCAAACCCAUUUCUAACACUUGCGUCAAUAAACAUUUGGAUAUUUAAAGCAUACAACUCCCGUCUGUUUGACCUGUUUAGUUUCUUUCUGACAUCUGUGCUUUGCUUUACUCCUUUUUCUGUUUCGCAUGUGUGUAUAUUAUCAUGGUAUAAUUUAUUCUGCUGUAUGAAGUAUUAGAGUAGUGGGAAACUUGUACUGGUAUUUACUACCUUCAGCCUGUUGGUGUGUUUACUGUAACACUGGCGUAACUGUUAUCAAUUAAAGAUCCAAAACUGA